AUGGCAGCACAAUGUAGCACUCCAGUCACUGACCAAGUUACAUCUGUAGCCAUCACCAGUGCUAUGCCAAUCAUCCAGAAAUUGGAGCCACAAAUUGCUAUUGCCAACAACUAUGCCUGCAUCGGACUGGAUAAAAUUGAAGAAAAGCUACCAAUUCUCUAUCAGCCUAGCAACAAGAUUGUGUCCAAUGCAUCUGAUGCAGUUACUGAAGCCAAGGAGACCAUUAUUCAAAGUAUUACAGGUGUAGUGCAUAAGACAAAAGAAGCUGUCCAUGAAAGUGUUGAAAUGACCAAAGCAGUUGUGAAUGGCAGUAUAAAUACUGUCUUGGGAAGCGGUGUAGUGCGUAUGGUGAGCAGUGGAGUUGACACUGCACUUUCAAAAUCUGACACUUUAUUGAAUGAAUACCUACCACCAACUGAUGAAGAAUUAGCCAUUGAAUUAACAAAUACUGAAGGAUUUGAAGCAGCCACCCAGAAGCCCAACUACUAUGUCAGACUAGGGUCCCUCUACUCAAAGACUUGUAAGCGUGCUUAUCAGCAAGCUUUAGUUUGGGUCAAAGAUGCCAAAUGCAGAAGCCAGGAAGCUAUUUCUGAGCUAAAUCAUACAGUUGAUCUGAUUGAAUAUGCAAGGAAGAAUGUGAAUAAUGCCAACCAAAAGAUUCAUGAUGCACAAGAGAAGCUCUACAACUCAUGGGCUGAUUGGAGGAAGAGCACAGGCCAAACUGAGGGUGAAGCUGAAAGUGUUGAGCAUAUUGAGUCACGUACUCUCUCCAUUGCCCGGAACCUGAGUCAGCAACUUCAGACCACGUGCCUUUCCCUGGUGUCCAGUGUGCAAGGCCUACCUCGAAAUGUUCAAGACAAAGCUGUGCGUGCCAGUGCUAUGGCUGGAGAAAUAUACCAAAAUUUCCGUACUGCUUCCUCCUUCGGAGAGGUAUCAGACAGUUUCCUAACUACCAGCAAAGGGCAAAUAAAAAAAAUUAAAGAUUCAAUGGAUGAUGUAAUGGAUUAUCUAGUCAACAACACACCACUUAACUGGCUGGUAGGUCCUUUUUACCCCCAGCUGGCUGGGUCUCCGCAUGAGAAAAAAAUGUGUUGGGGCAGAGGCAGCCAGCCAAAAGGAAUGACCAAAGUUAAUAAAAAUAGCCUCCGAAGAAGCAAAAGUGUCAAAUUUGUAAAAUUUGGAAAAAGUAUGAAG